AUGGCUAUUCGAACAAAUCCCACGCAAGCAGUGUCUUUGCUGCUGAAAAGCAUGAGGAAAGUAGAAAAAGAUGAGGAUUUGAACGAUUUGAAAUCUGACUUGAUCAAGAUAGAGGACCUGUUUGCAAAAGUUAAGAGAAAUGAAGAAGAACUCCUAGACACCUUAGCGACCCUAAAUGGAUAUCUUCACAGUUCCGACAGAAUGAAGUUGAGGAAAAAGAAGGAAGAUAUUCGCAAGAGAAUAGGGGAUUUAACCAAGAACUUGCUUCCAGAUGAUGCUCCACGAAGUAACAAAGGAUUUCCUCAGUCAUCAAGCAAAACAUUUCAAAAUGAGAAGCUCAACAAGAGAAAAGUUGAUCAUAGAGCACUCUUUUGGAGCCAACUUCAAGACUUGGAAAUGCUUAGGGCUGAUUAUAACUAUCUUUUUGAUCCUUGUACAAGGCAAUGCUUCCAUUCUCUCUCACUUUUCCCUGAAAAUGCUGUUAUAAGGAAAUGGAACACAAUUUACUGGUGGUUUGGAAUUGGUUUCAUCAAAAGGAUGCAGAAAGAAGGUGAGCAAGUGUUUGAUGAACUUUUGAAAGGUAAUCUAAUUGUUCCACAUGGUAAUGGAAAUUGCCCUAUUGUGAAAAAAUUCGAAGUUAAUCCUUCCAUCCGUCAUAAGUUUUUGAGUCCAUUGUUACAAAAUGAAAACCAGCUUUGUGGGAUUUAUUCACAAAUGAUAACCUCAUCUCAUCAUGAGAAUCACGCUGAGCAUGUUUCUAAGCUUGGUUGUUUAGCACUUGACCAGCGAAAGGUUAAAUUAAGCGCUGUGAAUGGUUUUAAAUCUAACCAUUGGAGAUCUGUGUUUAAUGUUGGUGCAAGUUAUCUUAACUUCGGGCCACAAUGGUUGGCCAAAAUGGAAAAGUUAGAGGUGCUUCAUCUUGGUCGUUGGCAGGAUUCAGCUUUACAUCACAUUGAAGUGGAGAGUGAAGAAUUUCUGAAGGAGCUGAGGGAUCAGAAGUCUUUGAAGUAUCUUAACCUUCGCGGUAUAUCAAGAAUUUACAACCUUCCACCCACCAUUGUUAAACUUGAGAGGCUUGAAAUUCUUGAUCUCAAGGCCUGUCACAAUCUAGAAACCCUACCUAAUGAUAUAGCACCAUUGAAAAAUCUCAGGCAUUUAGAUUUGUCUCAGUGCUACUUGUUGGAGAGAAUGCCAAAUGGGAUUGAAAAGCUGACCAAUCUCCAAGUCCUCAAGGGAUUUGUAAUAGGUAGUGCUAGAAUGACUCCAUGCAGAUUAUCAGAUCUUUCAAAUCUGAAGAAACUUGAGAGACUCAGCAUACAUAUAGGAAUUGAGGCUAUGAUCCAAGAACAUAAAUUUGAAAGCUUGAAAGAGUUGUUAGAACUUAAGCAUCUGAAAAUAUCAUGGGGUGUGUUUGGCACAAAGCACAGUGAUAUUCAGAUUCUUUUCCCUUCAAGUUUGGUGAAGCUGCAUCUCGAAGGCUUUCCUGGACAGAAACUUCCAGAGUGGUUAAAGCCUAGCAAGCUACAUGAAAGAUUGAAUGAGCUAUAUAUAAUAGGAGGAAAACUUGAAAGCAUAGAUCAUGGUGAAAAUAAUAAACACUGGCCUAUGGAGAUCGUGCGCCUCAAAUACUUAAACCGUUUGAAUGUUGAUGAAACAAAGUUGAAAGUGUGGUUUCCUGCGCUGAAUUAUGCAGAAAUAAGAAAAGUACAAAACCAUUCAUACUUUGAGUGGAGCAAUAUUAGUUGA